AUUUCAUUUUCACAAAAUUGUAAACCGAUCAUCCAGACUUCUCUAGUAGAAGAUUUUAAUGUAGCUCAGCAAACAAUAUACGUACAGCAUUCUUUAAAAUGGCAAAUUUGCUAAAGGAUGUAACACUUAAUGACAGUCAACCGAAGACUUUACUUCUCAAGAAACAUAUAGAGUAUAUAGCUGCCUAUGGAACUAACAAAGAUGAAUAUGAAUACUGCAUGACAGAAUACCUCCGUAUGUCUGGCAUGUAUUGGGGCCUCACCGCCAUGUCCCUCAUGAACAGUCUGGCUCAGAUGGAUCGUCAACAGGUGGUUAGUUUUCUCAAGCAAUGUGUAGACGACAGUGGUGGCAUUAGCGCCAGUGUUGGGCACGAUCCUCACCUGCUCUAUACUCUCAGUGCUGUUCAGAUUGCAUGUUUGUUGGACUGUGUGGAUGUGUUACCGGUAGACAAGUUGGUUAGUUACGUGGUGAGCUUGCAGCAGCCCGACGGUAGCUUUGUUGGAGACAAGUGGGGCGAAGUAGACUCCAGGUUCUCAUUCUGUGCUGUCAACUGUCUUUCACUCUUGGGUCGGUUGGAUGCCAUUGAUGUGGAAAAGGCUGUGGAGUUUGUGCUGUCGUGUCGCAACUUUGAUGGUGGCUUUGGCUCUCGGCCGGGCUCCGAGAGUCAUGCAGGCCUAAUCUACUGCUCUGUUGGCUUUCUUUCUAUCACCGGCAAGUUGGAGAGUAUUGACGGAGACUUGUUGGGCUGGUGGUUGAGUGAGCGGCAACUACCCUCUGGUGGACUCAAUGGACGUCCGGAGAAACUUCCCGAUGUGUGCUACUCGUGGUGGGUCCUUGCCUCCCUCACCAUGUUGGGACGGCUACACUGGGUACACAAACAGAGUCUACAGCAGUUUAUUUUGGCUUGUCAGGACGCCGAGACGGGGGGAUUCAGUGAUCGGCCAGGUGACAUGCCAGAUCCAUUCCACACAUUGUUCGGAGUGGCAGCUCUCAGUUUACUCGGCAACACGGAGUUGGCUCAAGUCAACCCUACGUACUGCAUGCCUCAAAGCGUCAUAGACAGACUGGGUCUGCGGCCACAACAACUUGUGGUUUAAUACCAACAUUAACGCAACUCAAAUGUAAAUCUACUUACUGAAAUUCACCACCACUAUAAGUGGACUGUGACUUUAAAGUUUUUUCAGUGUUUAUUUAUUUAUGGUCAUUGAUCAUACAUAUUAUAUAAUCUCACAAACCAGUCGAGCCUAUUAUAUAAAAUAACAUUUGUAUUAUUUAGUAAAUAAACAAGUAUUUGUGAUGCGUUUUACCGUUUUACUGAUAACAGCUGAAAUAUUUAUAUAGAAUGUUUACUAUAUAUUUCUUUGUAAACUAUUGCAAAAUAAAUGUAUUUACUUGUUUAUA